UGACGUCACGGCGGGGCGGAGCCAGGAGCGUUCAAAACACAGCUUGCCCUCAAUCCUCCUUGAUUUUCUGCUUCCUGCCUUGUUUUGCGCUUAUUUUCGCCUCUGCCCCGCUUAUUUUGAAGCACUUGGCGCUUUAUCGCAGCUAGUUUUAUUUAAUCUUUUUAUAUAAUGCGGCUACUUCCAGUAUAUUCACGCGAAAACACGUCGUUUUACCCGGGAUUGUCUUCUCUAACAGCAUCCGAGUGUUGUUUGCUUGUUUGCUGCUUUCGGUGAAAAUGGACUAAAAGAAAAACCGUAUAAAUGCACCUGCCGUCGAAGGGAUAUCCUGCAGUUGAAAUCGAAGAGGUGUGUGUGCCCUGGGUGCAGCCUGGCCUGUGCCGGAGAGGCGAUGAAAAACCCAGGAGCUGUGGAGAGCCGUCGGCUGGUCGGCCUGCUGGAGGCUGCUCUGGUCAGGGAGGCUCGCCUGUGGAAGGUACCUGUCUUCAAGAACGGAUGCAUCCAGGGCGCUGACAUCUCUUCAUCUCAACACCAAGAAGUGAUCCUUUGGCUUGGAGAGAUGAACCGGCUGUUUCACUUCUGUCCAGAGACCUUUGCACUGGGAGUCUGUGUCCUCCACCGACUGCUGUCCACUGUCAAGGCCCAACCAAAAUACCUGAAAUGCAUCGCUUUUACCUCACUGGUCCUGGCUGCCAAAAUCAACGAGGAGGACGAGGUAAUAGGUUCAGUUCAAGACCUGGUUGUGCAGAGCGGAUGCAACUUUUCAACAGCGGAGAUUCUUCGCAUGGAGAGGAUCAUUCUAGACAAGCUGCACUGGGACUUGUACACCGCGACGGCAGUCGACUUCAUUCACAUAUUCCACGCCCUGCUUGUCUCCGGCCACCCUCACCUCAUUCCGUCCAUCGGGCUCGGCUCCGGCGUCAGCUGGGACUCGGCAACGGACCCCGGUAUGCUCCCCGCCGAGCCAGGGCAUCAGAAGAGGCCCGCGGGCCUCCAGGCGGCGUUGUGGACCAGACAGGUGCAGCACUGUAUGGCCUGCCACCAGCUUUGGCAGUUCAAGGGCUCCACGUUGGCUUUGGCCAUCAUCACUUUGGAGCUGGAGUCGCUAACACCCGACUGGUUCUCCGUCUUCACCGAUCUGCUGAAGAAAGCACAAGUCGACAGUGCCGAGUUCAUCCACUGCAAAGAGAUGGUAGACGAGUACCUCCACAGCCUGGAGUUCUCCCUGCCGGCCAACGCUGUCUACAUCUUAGACAGCGCCCAAAUCCAGGACGAGGAGCGAGCCUGGAGCCCCACGCAGCGCCACGGAAGGCAGCGAAGCAGCAGAGACCAGGGGGACUCUGAUGAGUAUUACGACGGUUUUAGGUGUUUGUAUAACGAGGAGGCGACUCCAGGGGCGCAGAUAAACGACACGGAGGGCUCCCAGCAGAAAAACGUCUCACCCUGCCCGCCGCUGCACCCUGCCAUCAACUAGUCGGACAUUGAUUCACACCGUCCACCUCUCGGAAGUGUGCAGUUCUCCCAUCUCACAGUGAGAAUGAUACCAAGUCCAAUAUAUUGUAGUGGAGCACAUUUUAGGACCUCAGUUGUAAGUUUAAUGGAGCUCUGAUGCAACUGACUGAGUUACUCACCUGUCAUUACGUUUAGGGACUGAUUUAAAGAUAUUUUCCGUGCACUCGUCCACACCCAAAUGUGAAUCUGGUGGUGUGUGUGGACGGGUCAGUGUUAUCUGAUGCCAUAAUCUGUAUCAAAAGCUGGGCAGUCUAGGAGAAACUGUGUGGGAUCGUUGAACCUGACUGAAUGUUAUUGGUCCAUUUAAGUUCUCUACCUAAUAUUAUUUUAUUAUUGAUGCCGUAUUUUUUUCUACUUUUAACCUUCCUGUCCUUUAAAUGGUUUUGUUGAACAAGUCGGCGGUUUAAGGGUAAGAAUCGAGCAGUUGUGUGUGUUUUUUAUGAGUGUGUUUGAGGCCUUAAAUGGCUUUUUUUAUGUUUGAGAGUUGAUCCUGAUUUUGUCGUGAGGUAUCUCUGUGCUCAGGUUCCCCCAGAGCCACAUAGCACUUUGAGUGAAGGGCGAGAUUUUUUUUUUAAAUGCAAAUAAUUAUAUUUUUUCACAACCCUUUUUUUAAUAUUAUUGUUAUUUUAACCUCUUACUUAUACUACUUGUUUUGCUGUUUUAUUUAGCAGUUAUGUACAAAAGCUAUAUUUUACAAAAAAGGCUUUAAUUUCCGAACUAAACGCUGCAAAAAGUUUUUAUUUGAUUAAUGCUUCAACCUGUGUUGGUUUGGUUUAUGAAAAUGUUGUUACAUAUCAAAACAAGUGCAGUGACUCCAAGAAUUGUCAUUUUGACAUCAUGAGAUUACCUGAUCAGUGACCCAGCAUUAAUGUUGUCAGUAAAUUUAAUUUUAAUUAUUACAUACUGUAUGAGAGCACCAAUAAUCUCACCCUGAAUACUGUCACAUUAUUGUUAUUGAAGCAUUGGGAUAAAAGUAUCCUGGUUUUAUUUUGUAAAUACCCUCUAGUUCUGUUUCAUCCUGAUACUGACAUGUAAACUGAAAGUGUCAAAACAUCAUGAUUUCAUUUUAAACCGUAUUUAAAGUUGUCUGAUCCAUGACCAUGCAGUGUGUCCACAGUGACUUUACCUCCACUGUUAAACAUUGAAGCCUACAGACACUGAACGGACUCUAGACUGCUUAAACUGCUUCCUGUUUUCAGAGGGGAGCCAGCAGCAUGAUCUUUAAUGUGAACUGGUUACUGUCUUGGUUCUCAACUGUAACGUCUCCUUAGAUUCAGUCGGUGUAGAUGAACCCUACACCAGUGACCAAUGGAUUUCUGUUUUUCAUAUUCCUUCAUUUACCGAGGCAGCUAUAUCUUAUUGUCUGUACAACCACCAAAAUAAAGCUAUGACUUCAAAA